AACGUUUUCUGUGGCGGAGCCACAUGAUAAGGAGCCAUUCAUAAAUUUUCAAAACCUGCGUAGCUAGGUACUAACCAAUCAAAAUGCGCCACAUGACCCGGAAGCCUUUGUUCUUGGUAAUUUACACCAUUUUUAUGCUUUUCAUUUUGGCUAUUGGAGAAGGAAAUGGACAAGGUAAUCAGGGACAUGGACACAACCAAGGCUUGGGCGUCGAAGGACAGAACACACUGAACGGCAAUGGAGCCCCAUCGAUUAACGUGUCUCAGAGCGGAGCACCGAACGAUACACCGCCGGGAAACGGCAACGGAGGCCAAGGAGCAAGCAGUGCGAACGGCAACUCCGGCAGCGCUGGCCCAACUGAAGCGAACAAUAACUCAACGGGUCCUGGCAACGGCCAUGGCAAUGGAAAUGGUAAUAACAACAACGCAAACGGAAACGGCGGUAGUGGUAACCCCAGUGGGAAUGGCCAGUCCUCGGCAGAUCAGAACCCAAGCAACGCAAAUGUGACUGAUGGAUGCGGCAAGGGCGCUAACUGCGAUCCUGCAUCUAACCCGGGCAAAGCUAAUGGCAAUGCCAAUGGCCAUGCCAUGGCAGGUCAACAGCAAGCUUACGCCAACCGCCAAAAGAACUGGGGCGUUCCCAACACCAAGGGUGAGACCGAGUUUGACGACCGGAAAAGCCCGCGCAAGGUUGCCUUCCUAGGCAACUCCCCCAAUUUCCGAAUCUACCCGAACUACUCGGACCCAACCGUCUAUCUGCAACUGCGUUUCGGCAAGGUCCAAGAACUCGAUGGCAACGGUCGGCCCGUACCUGGCCACGUCAUCUCAUCCCUUGCAGCUACAAACACCAUCCUCUUUGCGGCUGGAAACGUCACCAUUAACGGCGUAAACAUGUCGUACGUCAACGUCAGUCUCAAUCCGCUGACCCUCCCCAGCUUCCAGCUUGCAUGCCGGCCAACAUCUCCCGUCAAUGCAAGUACAAACAGCAGCAGCGGUAGUCGGAGGUUUGGACGACGCCUACUAGAUGUGGUCGCUAGUCCUGCGCCGCCGUCCAUCCCCUCUUCAGCUCCGCCGCCUUCUCCGGCACCUUCUUCGGAGCCUCCGUCGCCCUCCCCGGCCCUUCCGCCGUCCCCUUCGCCGUCAGAUGCCCCUCCGUCGCCGCUCUCCCCCCCUUCGUCGCCCUCUCCGCCACCUCCGGCGCCACCCGUGCCGGGCGAUAACAGUAACAGCACCACUCCUCAGCUUACUAUUUCGCUGCUGUUCGGGCUCGAUGAUGUGCUGACGCUGCCGUACGGAGAUGAGAAUGUGACGGUUCCCCGCAACGGUCUCAAGUGGACCGUGUCGUACAAGAACUGGCCCUUCUGCAACGAUUCCAACACGCUUGCGGUAUCGCUCAACCUGAUGCUCGCGCACAACGCCUCGGCCGAGAUCUCCGCGGCCUCGGCGAAUAACAGUACUCAGCAGCUGCGGAUUGCUCUCGGCACGGAUUACAACGCCACCCUCACCUUCCUCGACUACGCCGUUGACUCGCUCCAAUCCAACGCCAAUCGCCUACCCGUCAACGUCUCCCUCACACAAGAAGGCAGCGACGACGGAGAAGGAAGCGUUACAACGGUUCAGAUGCGUCUGCCGAGCCCCCGUGCUGCUGCUAUUGGCUCUUCGUCUUCCUCAUCGAACGCGGUGUGGUACGACCCCACCCAGUCAACCACCUCGGCCUACCUAACGAGCACCGACCCGGGCAAUGUCGACACUACCGCCACCACCACCACGACGACGACGACUACCUCGGUUAUUGAGAGCGGAGCUGGUACGUCUUCUUCUGCGUCGUCUGGGCUGCGUACCACGGUGUGGGCGGCGGUGGCCGCUGUGCUGCUAAGCGCAUUCAUGAACGGCGGGGCCCAGCCGUUGGCUUGGUGAUUGUGCGGGAGGGGGUUUGGUUGUUCCGCUGAGGAGGUGUGAGUGGAUAACGUAAAGAGGGAUAGAUGCCUGGGAGGACUCCCCUGUAAUAAUCGCAUUCUGGGAGAGCAAGGAGGAGCUGCGGAUAAGCUUCCUUUGCGUAGGUCUUCAUUUGAGUUUGCUGUACAUGACGUUCGACGGGCCGCCGGCGGCUUAGGUUAUUCUUUUGGAAGUAGCCAUUGCAGGGCAGACGUACAGUGUAUUGGGGUUUGUGACGCAAAAACAAGAGUGACCGGCUGGGCCGGUGGGAGUGGCCGGUCGGCGUGGAGUGGGCCGGCCUGGUCCCCGGGUGAGAGUGACCGGGGUGGUAGAAGUUAUUGGUGUUCGUACAGACGUGAAGUGGUACAUGCAGCGAUUGUGCUGGCAGAGAUGUAUAUAAGCUAAGGUGUAUGGUUUGCUUGGCCCGAAUAGCAUGCGAGUCUUUUGUUUUUAGCCGUGCAUCCCUCUUUCCUAGUAAGUAAUGUGUCAAGCUUUUGUGAACUUUUUCUAUGCUGUGAUGAUGCUAAUCGUAAACGCGGAUAGACGUGUGCCGCCGCCGGGCGUGCUGAUCGCUAAGUGAACACAUAAUAAGGUAUAAACUAGUAGUGCAGUAUUAUUGUUGCCGUGUUCAUUUUACGGCAAUGGUACGGAUGCUCAUGUUCUGUCAUUAUCCAGACUUCUUGGCAUUCAUAGGUUUCCUUUCUGCCAUGCUUGCCGACGUAUCACAAGCGUGACAGAGGUGUGCCCCCGGAUACUUUUGGCAUGUGUUUUUGUCCCACCCUGCUUUGUACAGCCCCUAGGGAACUCGAUCCUGUAAUGAUGAUGGACGUAGACGUUGUUAUGGAAAUUCCUUUUUGAUGGUCUGAGACGGUGCCUCCAAGUUUGCAAGUGGGGAAUGUAGCUCUGUAUAGG